UUCAGUGCAACUCCAAACUAAACUAACUAGAAGAAACUCUUUCGUUGUCAUACACACUAUCAAUUCACCACACAAUGGCUGAAGAUCCUCAAGACGUAGCCGAUAGGGAGCGAAUUUUCAAGCGUUUUGACGCCAAUGGCGAUGGCCAAAUCUCUUCAGCUGAGCUUGGAGAAGCACUCAAGGCCCUUGGAUCAGUCACAGCAGAAGAGGUGAAAAGGAUGAUGGAAGAGAUUGACACUGAUGGAGAUGGCUACAUUUCAUAUCAAGAGUUCACAGAAUUCGCCAAAGCCAACCGUGGCCUAGUCAAAGAUGUUGCCAAGAUUUUUUAACUUAAUUAGCCCCACUGCUCUUUUGUAAUUAAUUAACCAGAGAUGUGAUACACAUGCAAUAACUUGUAUAACAUGAUUUCUUGUGUAUCUCUUACUAUUACAAUAAUUUGUUAUAUAAUUUGUUGUACAAGUAAUAUUUCUCUUAAUUAAUGAAUUGAAUUUCAUUGUGCUA